AUGCUGGCGUUGGCCUCUGCUGCCACUGCCCAUACGCUCUUCACUACGCUCUACAUCAAUGGCAAAAACCAGGGCGACGGGACGUGCGUCCGAAUGCCCAAGAGCGGCGCUACCGGAACGUCGCCCAUUUACCCCAUCACUGGCGAUGCCAUGGCUUGUGGCUACGGCGGCCGCGACCCCGUACCGUUUGUCUGCCCGGCCGCCUCGGGCGCCAAGCUGACCUUUGAGUUUCGGCUGUGGCCCGACGCCCAGCACCCCGGCGCCAUCGACGAGGGCCACAAGGGCCCCUGCGCCGUGUACCUGAAGCGCGUCGACGACAUGUUUGCGGACCCGCCGGCCGGCGACGGCUGGUUCAAGAUCUGGGACGACGGCUACGACAGCGAGACGAAGGAAUGGUGCUCCGACCGCCUCCGCGCCCACGACGGGCUGCUGUCGGUCAACCUACCCACCGGCCUGGCCCCGGGCUACUACCUCGUCCGGCCCGAGAUCCUGGCCCUGCACUUUGCGUACAAGGGCGAUCCGCAGUUUUUCCUCGGCUGCGCGCAGAUUUUCGUGCAGGGCGGGCCGGCGGGCGCCGUCAUCCCCAAGGACAAGACGGUGUCGAUUCCCGGCUACGUCAACGCGCAGACGCCGGGUCUGGGCUUUGACAUUAACAAGGAGCCGCUGCCCGCGUACCCGAUGCCCGGCCCGGCCGUGUACCUGCCCCCGGCUGCGCCCCCCUCGUCGUCGGUCCAGGCGCUCAAGCAGGCAGCGCAGCAGCAGCAGCAGCAGCAGCUGUCCAAGGGCGCGGUACCGCAGACCUGCCUCAUCAAAAACGCAAACUGGUGCGCCAAGGAGGUGGCCCCGUACACGGACAUGGAGGGCUGCUGGGCGGCCGUCAAGGAGUGCUACGCGCAGAGCAAGGUCUGUUGGGACUCGGCGCGCGCGAGCGGCUCGGCCAACUGCUACACGUGGAGCGACUACUGCACGGCCAUGAACGACGCGUGCGAGCGCGAGGAGUUUCAGGGCCCGCCGGCGUUUGACGGCAAGGAAAAGUAUGCGACGGCCCCGGACGACAUCCCGGAGCCAGGGGGGGACACGGAGAUGGGUGGUGGCGAGGAGCGCGUGACGGCGACGACGAGCCAGGCGCCGCCGGGUGAGCCUGCGUGCACAAAGACGGCCCGGGCAGGAGACGGAAAGACCAUCGGCGGCGGCGGGCUGAAGUGGGACGUGUCGAAGGACGGCAAGUGCGGUCCCGAGUUUGGACAGACGUGCUCUGGCAGCGCGUUUGGCAACUGCUGUUCCAAGAAUAUGCAGUGCGGCAGCGACGCUCGACACUGCUCGUGCGGCUGCUCGCCCGAGUACGGAUCAUGCUGGUAG